AUGCAGAGAUUCAAUUUAGUCUUUUUACUGGUAACUGCAUUAGCACAUUUUGAAGCACUUUUGGAGCUAAAGAAAGACAUUGAGAAAGACCCUUCUGGUAAAGUUCUUGCUUCAUGGGACUCCAAGUCCCUGGCAUCAGAUGGUGUCCCAAGAAUUGGUUUGGUUGGAAACUGGAGUUUCCCUGUCAUUGUUGGUCUUAAAAUGCUUAGGAAUAUUUCUAUUUCAAGUAACCAGUGGACAGGGACCAUGUCAAAGAUUGGCUCUAUCCCAUCUCUUGAGUUUUUGGACCUCUCAAGCACAUUUCCCUCUGGUUUUAGCAGUCUUAAGAGGUUGAAAUAUGUAGAUUUCUGGGGAUAUCAUAACUUUCUGUCCCAAUUGGAAAGUGUGGUUCAUGUGGACCUGAGCAGCAAUCAGUUAUCUGGUUCACUGGACAUGGGACUAGGGAGCUCCAGUUUUGUUUCUUCCAUUCAAAGUUUUUAUGCUAGUAAUAAUCAGUUAGUGGGAACUAUACCUUCCUUCAAUUUUAUAGUCUCUUUGAGGAUUCAUUGGCUUGGAAACAACCAGUUGUCCGGAUCACUACCAGAAGCUCUUUUGCAAGACAGCGCAAAAAUCUUGUCAGAGCUAGAUCUUAGCCUUGAUCAACUGAAGUUUACCUUCUCUUUUUCUGAAGUGAGCAAUUGUGUCUGUCUAUGUAUAUUGUACCACUCAUCCUUGGUUGCAUUAUAUAUAAAUUUGGCUCUGUAUAUUCAUACUCCAUGUAGGUUUGGUCAUGCAUUGGCAAUGACAUUCUCCAAAGCGUAA